UUGAUCAAUUUGCUACUUUUAAAAACUCCUACGACAUAAUGCUGUACCUUGUGGGUUUAGGUCUCGCCGAUGAGAAGGACAUCACCGUCCGGGGCCUGGAGGUGGUGAAGAAGGCCGAGCGCGUGUACCUGGAGGCGUAUACGGCCAUUCUACUAGUGGAGAAGGAAAAGCUAGAAGCGUUCUACGGACGCCCCGUGAUCGUGGCGGACCGAGAGCUCGUCGAAAGCGGCAGUGAUGAGAUCCUCGCGGGAUCCGACAAGGCGGACAUCGCUUUUCUGGUAGUGGGCGAUCCAUUCGGCGCGACCACGCACACCGACCUCGUCCUGCGCGCGCGCGAAAUGGGCAUCGCGACCAAGUCUAUCCCCAACGCGUCGAUCAUGUCCGGCAUUGGCUGCACCGGCCUGCAGCUUUACAACUUCGGGCAGACGGUCAGCAUGGUGUUCUUCACGGAGAACUGGAAGCCGUCGUCGUACUACGACCGUGUCAAGGAGAACGUCCAGCUGGGAUUGCACACGCUUGUCCUGCUGGAUAUCAAGGUUAAGGAGCCGUCGCUGGAGAACCUGGCGCGCGGGCGCAUCGUCUACGAGCCCCCGCGGUACAUGACGGUCGCGCAGUGCGCCGCCCAGAUGCUGGAGACGGAGGAGGAGCGGAAAGAGGGCGCCUGGGGGCCCGACAGCCUGGCGAUUGGGGCUGCGCGAGUCGGCGCGGACGAUCAGAAGCUGGUCGCGGGGACGCUGAAGGAGUUGGCGGAGGUGGACAUGGGUCGUCCACUUCACAGUCUCGUCCUCCUGGGUCGGAAGGCACACGAUCUGGAGAAGGACUACAUCCGUGAGUUUGCUGUGGAUGCGGCCACCUUUGAAGCUAGUUGGCAAAAGGGGUACGGCGCCACCUCGUAA